AAUCACCGUAUUUAUUUCCUUUUCUUACUAUGGAAUCCUCCAGCGGAUCGAACUUUGGAAUAGACACUAUUUUAUCCAACGCUACUAAUUCUGUUAACACUGCGCUAAUGAACGGAGAUUUCCGCCUCGGUGACAGCAGGACAGCGGAUUUCAGCCGGAGCCAGGCCACCCCGUCACCUUCAUGUUCGGACAUAGACACGGUGGGAACGGCCCCCUCUUCCCCCAUCUCGGUCACCAUGGAGCACGCCGAGCCGCAUCUGCUCCAAGACAGCCUACCGCACCACCACCACCACCACAACCAACCAGGGCGUUUGCAGCUAUCGCCCCAACCGCAGCAGCUAGGGGCCGGGGCCGGGGCCGGCUGUGCCCCCAGGACUGCCACCUCUUCGUUUUUAAUCAAAGACAUUUUAGGCGACAGCAAACCCCUGGCAGCGUGCGCACCUUACAGCACCAGCGUACCGUCACCCCAUCACACCCCCAAACCAGAGAAUGCCAGGGACGGUGGGGACGGCUUCAGGCCGAAGUUGGAACAAGAUGAAAACAGGAGCAAGUUGGACAAAAGAGACGAUAUGGAAAUGAAAUGCAACGGAACAAAAGAAGAGCAUGAACGGGAAAUUUCAAGUAGCAGAGAUAGUCCUCAAUCACGGUCAAAAAAACCUCGUAAAGCACGGACGGCCUUUUCAGACCAUCAACUCAACCAACUCGAGCGAAGCUUCGAGCGCCAAAAAUACCUCAGUGUGCAGGAUCGCAUGGACCUCGCCGCAGCACUCAACCUGACCGACACACAGGUGAAAACCUGGUACCAAAACCGACGGACCAAGUGGAAAAGACAGACAGCGGUCGGAUUAGAGCUACUGGCUGAAGCCGGAAAUUAUUCCGCCUUACAAAGAAUGUUCCCGUCGCCCUAUUUCUACCACCCGAGCUUGUUGGGCACAAUGGACAGCACAACAGCAGCCGCCGCGGCCGCAGCAAUGUACAGCAGUAUGUACCGGACUCCGCAGCAACCACAUCCCGGUCUCCAGAGGCCUCUUGUCCCGAGAGUACUCAUCCAUGGCCUUGGGCCGGGGGGCCAACCGGCAUUGAACCCGCUGGGUAACCCCAUGCCCGGCACGCAGCAUCAGCGGUAGAAACAACAACAAGACGAUUCCAUAAAAACAGUUUUAACCUGGUCCACAUGUGAUGUGACUAACUGCGCUGAACGAACGAUGAAAAAUACAUUUGAAAAAGACAAUAUAUAAAAGACAACUUUACAGAAGAAGUAAAAGGAGGUAAUAUUGAAUAUGACGGAGAGCCAGUAUUGACGUAGGCCUAACCACGAACUGUCUGCAGCAUCGAGUCGAGGCCAUGACAGAAAAAGGACUGUUCAUAUGUCUGAUUGAAUGUUUGUUAGUUUUUUUUGUACAAAUACACUUAUACUAGCGAAUAAACUUAUAAAGUUUAUUAGAUGGAGAGAAAGGGUUGAAUAAAGACGGAAUGAUACUAAAAUGAUUCUUCUCGGAUACUUCUAUGGGAAAGAUGUCCGGGGCAGCCAGACUGAACUUCGAACUUCAUUGUCAUCCAAACAUUCAAAACGCCAUGUGGCAUUAAUAUUUCUGCAGGCUGAAAGCUUAAGGCCUAUAAGGUUAAUACGACAUACCAAUAAAAAUAUUUGUUUACAUUCUGAUAAUGUGCAGUUAAUUAGGUUAAAAGAGGCCUAGCAUACAAGUCCAAAGCGAUUGCUCCUGAAAUAACCUCUGUAGCACGAAUUAUAAAGAUAAUAGGCCUAUUUUAAUUUUUAAAAAUUUAAGUAG